AGACGCUCUCUUUGGGACGUCCACGUCUCUUUGGUGACCCGUUAGCUUGUGUUUGUGACCCCGUUGGCUUGUGUGCAGCCAGUCGCAGUGACUGUCCAGUCAGAUGAAGUCUGAGGAGGUCUGCACGGCGCCUUCGCCCACAGAUGGUCCCACGGAGUUCUACUGGUCCAACGAGCACGAGCCGCACGCCAGACGACGGAGAGAAAUCGUCGCCAGGCAUCCUGAGGUUCUCGGCCUCUACGGACCCGACAGUCGCGAGGCGGUAUUCGCGUCGGCAUGCAUCCUCAUCCAGUUCGCCGUCGGGGCGGUCAUCGGCUUCUAUGCUCAGCAACUCAGCUGGGGAGCGGUGUUGGUGCUGACCUACUGCGUGAGCGGGACGAUCAACCACUCUCUCUUCCUGGCGAUGCACGAGUGCGCCCAUUCGUCGUUCUUCACGUCCAAGUGGCAGAAUGAGUGGUUCGCUGUUCUGGUCAACCUGCCGACGGGCAUCCCCGCGGCCAUCACCUUCAAGCGGUACCACAUGGAGCACCACGCGCACCAGGGCGUCGACGGCGUCGACAUGGACAUCCCCACCCACGCAGAGGGGUGGUUCUUCCGCACACCGGCGCGCAAGCUGCUGUGGGUCGUCCUCAUGCCCUUCAUGUACGCCUUCCGGCCGCUGCUCAUGAAGCCCAAGCCGAUGUCCUUGAUGGAGGCCAUGAACUGGCUCUGUGUGGCCGCCAGCGAUGUCGCCGUCCUCUACUGGCUCGGCCCCAAGACGCUCUUCUACUUUGUGGGCGGGACCUUUCUGGGGACGGGGCUUCACCCGCUGUCGGGUCACUUCAUUGCGGAGCAUUUCGUCUUCAUUGAGGGGCAGGAGACCUACUCCUACUACGGCCCGCUCAACUGGCUGACCUACAACGUGGGCUAUCACAAUGAGCACCACGACUUCCCCCGCAUCCCCGGCAGCCGACUGCCCGCCCUCAAGAAGAUGGCCCCCGAUUACUACGACAACCUGCCGGCCUACAGCAGCUGGUCACAGGUGCUCUGGGACUUUGUCUUCGAGUACGACGUCAACUGCUUCAGCCGCAUCAAGCGACGGCGGCAGGUGCCCAACGCACAGGCGGGCAUUAGCGACGAGGGCAAGAAGGGCAAUUGAUGGACUGAAUAUGGAUGUGGGUGGGUGGGUGGGUGGGUAUGGAUGGAUGGAUGGAUGGCUGCAUGAGGGGCCAAGGAAUACGAUCCGCUGUGUUAAUACGUACGUGUGGAUGCCUACCUGCACGUGUGGUGGGUGCCGUGGCGAAGGUUCCUUGUUUGUGUAUCGCUAGCGCUAGUUUUUCAUUGGUUGUUUACGCGAGCGGGUGAUUUGCUGAGUGAGUGGUGCCGGCCCCAUUUGGCUGAGUAUCCUCUACUAGGCAAUCACUUCUGGCUGCCUCGCCUGCGUCUGCUGCCAGAGUGGCUGAGUAUUUUGCCCGGGUGUGCACCUGUAUACGUACGAGUGGGUACGUGUGUGGGUGAGACAGGGCGGAGUGAAGUCAUGUCACAAUCAUGACACAGUUGCACGUCUUUUGUGUGUCAGAGAGAGCGGGAUGCUGGGCUGACCUCUUGUGCUCACUUGUACAGCCUGACUGACUGACGGGCGGGAGGAGUGGAGUGGAGCAGAGGAGCCUGCGUCUGUGUGUGUGUGGCAAGUCAAGCUAGAUAGGCAAAGAAAGG